AGCAAUGGAUACAAGCGCGACUCGACCUGCGGAAGCCGCGAUGAACAGCUGAUCCUCCCGCAGUGGAUAACACCGAUCACCAUGGUCACCGCCGAGUCCUGACUUCUCAUAUCCCACGCGCGCCACUAUAUGAUUAGUUAUUGGGGAAGUAGACAAUAAGGGGAAGUAGCUAAAAGGAAAGUAGACUGGUUAUUUCUUUUGGACCUGUUGAUCAUCAGUGUGACAGACGGACACACAGAGACUACCUGCCGCCUCCCGGUCUGCGCUCACCGACCAUCAAUGAUGUUAUUGCCAAGUUUGCUUCUUUUCACCUCUUCUCACUUUUUGGCGCCUCUGUUGCUCUGCUACCUGCCGCAAGUCUCCGCACAGAAGCCGGGCUCACGGUGGCUGAUCGGAGACAGAGACAGUCACUGUGGGGUCAUCUGCCCGCGGACGCAGGGGAAGCCGGUGUGCGGCUCGGACGGGCGGAGCUAUGAGACCGGCUGUGAACUGCAGAGGGCGCGCUGCAAAGAUAAAACCCUGACACUGGCACACCGCGGCCGGUGUCGAGGUAAAAACUGGGUGAAAACCGAUCAGUUGCCGGUGGCUCCAGCACCAACAUCCACAUCUGAGGCGAGAGACCUGGAGCUUAAAGAUGCAGGUCAGUCCAAGUGUCGCUUUGAGAGGAACCAGGCUCUGGAGCAAGGCAGGAGACCUCAGGACACCAUGUUUAUCCCAGAAUGCAACGAGGAUGGAACAUUUGCGCAGGUCCAGUGCCAUACUUUGACAGGUUACUGCUGGUGUGUCACCAGUGACGGCAAGCCAGUGAGUGGCUCCUCUGUGCACAACAGGACCCCGGUGUGUUCAGGAAACUUCCGUGAAUUUAUGGAAACUCAUGCUGGGACAAGUGGAUUGUCAGGGUCAGUAACCGAUAGACCACCCGGGCCACCGAACUCUGGUAGAAAAGUCUCUUUCCGUUUCUUUCUCACCCUCAACCCAGACGAUGGCUCCAAGCCCACACCCACCAUGGAGACUCACGUCCCCUCUGAGGGUGAUGAGAUAACUGCUCCAACGCUGUGGAUUAAACAGCUGGUUUAUAAGGAGAAUAAGCAGAAUAGCUCCGCUUCCAGGAAGCAAGAGAAAGUUCCCUCUUGUGACCAGGAGCGACAGAGCGCACUGGAAGAGGCUCGGCAGAAUCCUCGUGAGGCCAUUUUCAUCCCUGACUGUGGGCCUGGAGGCCUUUACAAACCAGUCCAGUGCCACCAGUCCACAGGCUACUGCUGGUGUGUUCUGGUGGACACGGGACGACCCAUUCCUGGAACAUCCACCAGCCAUGUUCCCGCUGUCCUCUCCUCUCUGUGUAACAGGUACCAGACGCCGGAGUGUGACAGCGCCGCACGAUCUCGCAUCCCAGAUACUGAAGAUCCUUUCCAAGGCAGAGACCUGACAGGCUGCCCAGAGGGGAAGAAAGUGGAAUUCAUUACAAGCUUGUUAGAUGCCCUCACCACAGACAUGGUGCAAGCCAUAAACUCACCAGCCCCUUCAGGUGGUGGGAGGUUUGUCGAGCCUGAUCCCAGUCACACUUUAGAGGAGAGGGUGGUGCACUGGUACUUCGCCCAGCUGGAUAACAACGGCAGUCACGACAUCAACAAGAAGGAGCUCAAGCCGUUUAAGAGGUACCUGAAGAAGAAAGCCAAACCCAAGAAAUGUGCCCGCAAGUUCACCGACUACUGUGACCUGAAUAAGGACAGGGGCAUUUCCCUGCAGGAGCUGAAAGGCUGCCUUGGAGUCAGCAAGGAGGGUAGCUCAACGACAAUUGGCAACCAAGGGACAAGGCAAGGGACAAAAUUGUUCAUAGGUCGUCUGGUGUGAGAAGAGAAGGAUCCAGAAGCUGAGAUGAGAGCAGAGGGCACAGAGGGAAGGCAUCUGUACGCUUGCUGACAGGAAAGAGAAAGAUGGAGCAGAAAAAAUUGAGAAGUUCCUGAGUUUCAAAAAAAGUGAACAGAAAAACAAGAAAACGAAGCGGCGCCAAAAUAUUUGCACUUUCUCCUCCCUAUGUUUGACAUUUUAUCUGUUUGUACAUGCGUUGUUAUUUUUUUCUCUUGAAGUGACUGAAAAGGUCUAGGUAAGAAUGAGAAUAUAUUUGUAAAAAAGAUGACAGGCUCACCACUGGAAGAUGUUACCACAUUUCCCCUUGUGUUUUAGUCUGCUGUUGUGAUUCGUUCUGUCCUCACAUAAACAGGAACAGGCAGUAACACACAUUUUGUGGCUAUUAAAUUAAACUUAGGUUUCCCCUGUUACAUAUAGGAGCACACAGGCCAGUGGUUUCUCACUAAAGAGGAUCUUACAGUGAGUCACAUUCAGCUCAAAUGUUGCUCAAGGAGCUAUGGCAAUGUAGACCAAUUUAAACGAAUGUGUAAUGUAUGUGAGCAUGCAAUUUAAAAGUGAAACGGCAUGUAUUAGAAUUGAACUGUGACCAUGAAGUCUAAUUUAUCAGCACAGAAUUAGCUGUAUGAAUCCCUUGCACUGUACUGAACUUUCUAGAUACAUUAACAUUUUGGCUUAAGAAUCAGAUCCUUCCGAAAUGUCUCAGAUGUGUUAUGUCUGGUUUUUGUUCAGUACGUACCAGUGUUGGGGAAAGCUUGCUGAAAGUAAUUACUUGCUUAACACACAGUUGCCUAAAAGGUGUACUUUUUGUGCUACCAAAACCAAUGCAAGACCAUUAUGUUGUUUGUGGUUUCCAGCAUGUUGUCUGCACAAGAUGCCUUGAGGUUCAUUAUUUUUCUACUUGUUUUUUUUUUUUUUUAUAACGUUUGUGCCAACAAAAAACGAAAUUAGUAAAAAAAAAAAUUGUGAGAAUUAAAACAUUUGUAGCAGCUGUCCACAAUAACAUAGGUGAUAUGAGUACUUUAAAGUCAUGCAUCCCCCCCAACACUGGUACAGUACAUACACAGUCUUAGCUGUAUACUAAAGCAGCUUAACACUGUAGCAAACAGCUGGUAAAACAUUUACACAUGCAUGUGGCAGUAUGGACAUAUUAAAGCUGCAUUAAUGAAUUGUUGAGACACACAACCCUGAACUAGUAUUGCCUCAUGAAGUUGUUAUGGCUAACACGGCAAAAUGAUAAUUCCAAAUCCAAUGUUCACUCUCCUUUUAGCUCUGUUUUGGUCUCCACCACCUCCUGAGGAAAAUAUCUGGUUCUUUAGCUGAUAAACGCUAGUUGCCAACGUUGUCUGUCUGGUGUUUGGUGCUGAGCAGGUAGAACAUAUUGUCGGAUUAUCAUGGUUUAUUUGCUGCAGACGGCUUGAUGAGAGUGCUGAGACCAAACUAUUUAGUAAAUGUGCCAUAAAAACAACGAGUUCCAAGAAACUAAAACAAAGGCGGCUGAGUUGGGUGUUAAUGAGGGUCACAAUCCAUUAGAUUUAAUGUUGAUAUAUAAAAAGGACUGAUUAAUGCAGCUUUAAGUCCAAACCCCAAUGAAGGCCAUUGGUUUACACAUAUCUUGUGUCACUCUGUUGUUCUACGUGUAAUUAUAUGUCAAGGUACAAGUCAGUGUGGCUGAUUUCAUUACUCUACUUUAAGUGAAUGUUAGUAUUCAUUUUCUACACAGUCAAACCUGAGAAACAGCUAAAGAGUAUCUCUAGUGUGUUAAUGAUAAAUUCCGCAUGUUUAUUUUUUAUUUUUCUCAAAAUGUUUGGUGAUUAUGGGUUCGUCAGGCUCAACUGGCUAGCUUUACAAAUUGCAAUAACAACAAAUCUCACGAAGACCCCCUGGUGGGGAUUUUAUUUUUCCAAAACAGAUUACAGUCCACCGAAUGACUUACAUAUUUGUAUUAGUACCAGGAAAAAAAGGUGGCACAGAUUACUAAACCCAACCAGUAAAUGGAGUAAGAUGUUUACAUGACUCAGUAUCCCGGUAAUAUCAGCUAAUUUCAGCUGUCAUAUUUACGUUUAUCCCAGUUAUUGUAAACAAGAUGUGGCAUUUACAAAUGCCUGUUCCUAAAAUAAAUAAUUGAGUCUCCCCACU